AAUCAAUGUCUGAAACUAAAUCAAGUGUUCUUGAGUCUGAGGUUGAAAAAUUCACAAUCUAUGCUUCAAAAUGGUGGGAAUCGAAAAAGAAAACAAAAUUCUUGCUUCAAACAAUUGAAGAAGUCAGAAUUCCGUUGGUUAAAAGUGGACUUACUGAUGCCGGCUUGAUAAAAGAAGCAAAUCAAGACAAGUCGAACAUGUUUGAAGGAAUAAAGAUCCUAGAUGUGGGAUCUGGUGGAGGUAGAAUGGCUGAACCAUUAGCAAUAAUGGGCGCUGAUGUCACCGGAGUCGAUCCAACUAAAGAAAUGGUUGAUGUCGCCAAAGAGCACCUCAAAACCCACGAAAAUCUCAAAAUUGACUACAUUUGCGACACAAUCGAGAACUACAGCGUCAAUAACAAGGAAAAAUUUGACGCUGUGACUAUUUUUGAUGUAACUCAACAUGUCAAAGAUGUCCAUCAGCUUCUUAAAGCCAGUGUAGAUUGCCUUAAGCCAGGAGGUCGAGUUUUCAUCACAACAUGGAACAAAACCUUUAUCGCAUGGUUCUUUUUGAUCUUUUUGUUUGAAUGGCUUCUUGGAAUCUUCCCACGUGGUGCUCAUGACUUUAAAUACUUUAUAUCACCUGAUAAGAUCUCUGGAUAUUUGGAGGAGUUCAAUUGUAAAACUGUUGAAGUUAAAGGCUUUUGGUAUAAUUUAUGGAAUAAGAAGUGGAGCUUUACGUGGUACACUGGAGUGUUUUACACGAUGCAAGCUAUAAAGGAGGCUUAAGGACUGGAUAAAUGUGAAUUUUGAUGUGUUUUGCUUGGGAUGAUCAUCAUGUUGAGUUAUCAGAAUGAGUUUUGAACUAUGAAGUGCUGUAAAAUUGAAUAAAUGACA